AUGAUCAGGUGGAAUAGUAUAACAUCUUCAACAUCAAGGUUUCAUGGAGGACAUCUAGAUCUACUAGAUUAUUCGAGAACAUCGACGUCGAAUUUAAAUGAUUCGACCUUGGCUUCCCCUCUCGCGUAAUGCUGAAGGUAGCUUUGUCCGCCGACCUAUUGAUGUCGCUGCAAAGAUGAAAAAGGAAACGACACCAAGAACGUCUUCUUCUUCCCUAAUGUGGCACCAGAUGGAUCUCGAGUUGAAAAGAACUUGUCCGGCUGCGACGCGACAUUUACCGCCAGCAGAUCGAGGAUGGACUACUGGUAGUUCUCAUGUUGCUGGAAUAGGAAGUUCUACGAGGACCUCCACGCAAAUUAUAGACCAUCAUCUUAAAGAACAAGAAAGACGCGAACAGCGACAAAUGCAACUAAAAGACAAACGAGAAGGACUACGAAAAGUUGUCGGACUAAAUCAGCCACAAGAUGAAGAAGAAGGACAACGCCGAGCAGACGAAGAUCAGGCACGCAUCGACCAGCCACACGCUGUCGAUCUGCCACAGCACACUUUGGCAAAGAAAUCUUCAUGUCAUCUACGCAUGAUGCAUUGGAAUAUCUUGGCUGAUUGUUUAGCUACGCGCGAACGGUUUCCUGAUUGUUCUCCCAGAGCUUUAGAUUUUGGAAAGCACCGUUUGCGAUUGAUUUAAGACACUGAGUCACUGAACAUUUUUUAAGAAAAAUAAUUACAACACCGACCACUGCGAUUCAUUGAGGGUUUGAGACACCGUCGCAGUCACUUACCUUGUGCAAGUCCGUCUCCUAAUUUGCUUAAUCGUGCUCGUAAAUUAGUACCCAACUUCUUGACUCUCUUCUGCGAGUGUCUACUAUCUAAUUCCUCCUACAAGAAAUUGCGAAAUAUUUGCCGGAUGUCGUCUCCCUGGUCGAGGUGGACCAUUUUCCCAGGAUCAAGCGCGAAAUGGAAGCUCUCGGCUACUCCGCUUCGGCAUUCGGAAAGAAGAUUAAGGCUUGUUCUCCUUCUAAUCCAUUUCUAGGUGGAUAGGCCUAUUAUAGUACUUCUAUGGGAUGUAAUUAAAAUCAUUCGGUAACUACCCGCCUUAACAAGGCAACGGGCUACAAGUAGGACAGACGAUUUCUAAGUACUAUAGGGAUCGUCGCACGAUCAUCUUCCCUUAACCGUAUCAUGCACGCCCCCAAAUAUUCUAAGGGGAAUCGUGAGGCAGACGUUUGAGAAGUGAAUUCCACUCGCGACAGCAGGGAUCAUGAACCAACUAGGUGGGAGAAGCCAUGAUCUAAGAAAAAAUCACCAGCAAAAGACGGAGUCUGUUUGUUCUGGCGAGACUCGCCGAGAGGACCACGGGAAGGACAAACUACAAGAAGAAGUAGCCUCCGCAUCUCUCCUGCUGGUGUCGAACGCGUCACCUGGGUUGGAUCACAAGUGGCACUCGCCCAAGACUUUUGGAUAGAAGUAAUGAAGGAAGAUGUGAAAGCAGAUGAUCGGGUAGAAGAGAAACAAGUAGAUGAGCUUGGAGAUGAUAUCGAGAUGACAAGUGCUACAAAUACUCAAGAGCCUUCUAGUACUAGUUGUAGAAGAACAAGUAUGAAAAGAAAAUCUGUUAUCAUUAUCAAGUUUCUUAAGUAGAAAAGUGUGAUAAUGAUAACAUAUUUUGGUCUCAUAACAAGUGCUGGAGGAAAAAUGAUGAAAAGAGUUCGCGUAGCCACAACACAUCUUAAAGCGGACCCUUUGUCUUCUGGCUCUCUAUCUUCUAGUUUGGAACAAGGUCUUGCUGGUCCUGGCACAGGUCUUUCUUUCGAACAACAAGACUGCGAUGAAGCCCGCGUAGCUCAGGUCUCUAAGAUCGUGGAUGAGCUACUGUUUCCCGAAACGUUCGCAGCGAGGGAGAAGAAAGAUAUUAUGCUUAAAAAGGAUAUUAGCACUUGGGAAGAGUCUCUCUGUCAUAUUUUUGGAAGCUGUAGACGCUGCAUGAUUUUACAAGUGGAAUCGGACAUGGACUUAGUUCAUACCUCCUCUCUAAGACACCGGCGACCGCAAAGUCAAGGAGGCAACAGCAGACCCAGACUCACAGCUGCGAAGGAGUUCCUGUGAUUCUAUGCGGAGAUAUCAACGCAGUAGGC